CGUUAAAAUAAAAUGGGUUUACAAGGAGCUGGCUUUCUCCUGCAGUGUUACCUCACGCUGGCAGCAGCCAUGUUUUUUGAUCUCGGAGAGCAGGAGGAAAAAUGCAUCAUUGAGGAGAUUCCAGAGGACACGUUAGUGACCGGUCACUUCCUGUUGGAGCCGUGGGAUUUCAAGAGAUUUAGCCAUUCUCCUCAUCUUGGUGUCACCGUGACAGUCAGGGACCCGAACCACGAGGUUCAAAUGUCUAAACGCUAUGGAAAAGUAGGAAAAUUCACCUUCACGUCUCAUGCCUCCGGUCAGCACUACCUGUGCUUCCAAACCAACUCCACCAGGUUCUCCGUGUUUGCUGGAGAAAGGCUGAAGCUCCAUUUAGACGUUCAGAUGGGAGCACACUCCAUCGAUCCCAGCGCCAACAGGACCAAAGACAACCUGGAGCCGCUUGAGAGCAGUCUCCAACACCUGAGGGAACAGAUGGUUUUCAUCACCAGGCAGCAGGAGUACCACAGGGAGAAGGAGGAGGAGUUUCGUCAGGUCAGUGAGGAAACCAACAGCAAGGUGUUGUGGUGGGCUGUGGUGCAGACCUCCAUCCUGCUGUCUGUGGGCUUCUGGCAGAUGAAACGCCUCAAAGACUUCUUCAUCGCCAAGAAGCUGCUCUGAACUUCAGCUGUCAGCAGAGAUGACCAAAGCAUUUUCCUGUAGCACAAAGAAAUACCAAAUUAAAAUCUAACAGCUUUUA